AUGAGCGACACCGAUAGCGACAAUGACAUGGACUGGGAGGAAGUUGUCCCUUCUCAAAUUGCUGCCCAAACAAUUGUCAUUCAUCCACCCGAAGAAAGCGCAUCGCUCCAGAUUACUAUCCAAGCCCCGCUGUCUGGCGGAAAACAAGCCCAGACUCACGCUAAACGAGAGAAAACCAAGGCUGAAUCCCUUAAUCGCUUCAUUCGAUUGCAGGCACAUCGCUUACAUACAAUCGCACUUCUUACCAACGCCACCAUCCGAAAUUGGUGGGCAAACGAUGAACUGCUUCAUGCGCGACUUAUGUCUUUGACCCCUUUAUCUCUGCAAACACCCUUCGCGAUAAUUACUCCCCGAAAUCAACCUGAUCGCCAGCUUCGGGGUCGCCAGUUCGAAGCUGCAUUGACUCGACUUGUUGGUUGGUGGUCUACUCGCUUCCUCGUUAAUCACGAACUCGGGAUCAGACAUCAGUCCUUCGAUGAAACUGCUGCGAAGGCGUCUCGUGAUGCAAAAGGCAAGGGCAAAGCAAAAGCACAGGAUGACUCAGAGGAUGAGUUGUACGGUGAAGAUCGCAUCCGAAGCGCAAAAAGCCUCAUGAAACAUGCACUUAUGAUGAAAGGCUCCCGCGACAGUAGCGCGCAGCUCUUCACUGCGCUGUGUCGUGCUCUUGGACUGCCUGCCCGGCUGGUGGUUAGCUUGCAAUCCGUUCUAUGGCGAACGGACAAACGGAAGCCUUCGGAAAAGGAGUCCCUUCAUGCGAACAGAUUGCGCCAACAGGCUCGUAAGAAGGAAAAGGAUGCACAAAUCGAGGCAGCACAGGCUUCUAUGGUUGCCUCAUCAGCACGAGACAUUGGAAGCUCCUCAGGGCAACAGGCUUCUCCGUCCCCCAUGAGCAAGGAGAUUGAGAUAAGUGACGCAGAUAUGGAAGGGGCUCUUACAUCUUUGAAUGUUGAUGGUAAAAAUAAGGGAAAGGGCAGAGACAUGUUUCCUGGUGAAGGGAAUACGUUUGCAGGAGCUACAUCUCACACGGAAUCGAGCAAUCAGACACCAACACCACUAUCGAAACCGCCAAUUCGCCUUCGGAAGAGCCGUCCGACUGGGCGCAGGCUUGGUGGUUUACCAAAACAACGCAAUAUAUCACGGGAAGAAUCAUCGCCAGUGUUCUGGACAGAAGUAUAUUCAAGACCUGACGGCAGAUGGUUACCAGUGGAUCCCAUACAUAACCAUGUUGACAAGAGAAAACGCUUUGAACCUUUGUCUAAUGACAAAUUUAAUCAUAUGUUAUACGUUGUUGCGAUAGAAGAAGACGGUUACAUUCGUGAUGUUACCCAGCGCUACGCGAAGAAUUUUGGAACAAAAAUCGUUAAGGAAAGGCGGACUGGGAUGGGGAAGAAGGACUGGUGGGACAGUACUGGUAAGUUUUCCAACCACCCAAACGACAAUGUCCCAAAUGUUAAAAUUCAGCAACGCGAUGAUGCGGAAGACGAGGAGUUCGAACAUAUGCAAGAGCUGGAAGGAAUGCCUAGUUCAAUAAGUGGUUUCAAGGAUCAUCCCUUGUAUGUUCUGGGGCGACACCUGCAUCAAGACGAAGUCAUUUACCCUCUUACGCAAAUCGGAACGUUUCGAGGCGAAUCUGUGUAUUCCCGUGCAAAUGUCACUUCUGUAAAGACGGCAGAGAACUGGAUGCGCUCUGGCAGGGUGAUAAAGGAUGGGGAGCAGCCGCUCAAGAUGUCCAAGAUCAGGGCAGUGACACUUCACAAACAGAGGGCUAUCGAGGUGGCAGCGGAGGCACAAGGCAUGGACGGGACCCAAUUACAGCAAGGAAUGUAUGCCCGUUGGCAGACCAAACUCUACCUUCCUCCGCCCAUAAUUGAGGGAAAAGUUCCGAAAAAUGAUUUUGGCAAUAUCGAUCUAUAUGUUCCUUCCAUGUUACCAGAGGGGGGCGUGCACAUUCCAUACAAAGGGACCGCGAAGAUUGCGAAGCAAUUAGGAAUCGACUACGCGGAAGCCGUGACUGGUUUCGAAUUCAAGAAUCGUCGUGCCUUCCCGGUUCUCGACGGAGUGGUGAUUCCGGAGGAUCGCGAAAGCGAGCUUCUCGAAGUUUACUGGAAGUCGGCACAAGCUGCCAGUGAAAGGGAGAAGCAGAAGAAGCUCGAGAAAGUCAUCAAGCAUUGGACGAGGCUCGUGCAAGGAUUGCGAAUUCGACAAAGAUUACAGGACAAAUACUACCAGACCGACACACACGAAGCAGCCGAGUCAAAGACAGAAAACGUAUCUAUCGAUUCUUUUAACUCUAAUGUCCCUGUAUCCGACGUUGCUCAUGACCAUCAUGAACAUAACAAGGGGAGUCUCGCACGUGAACUCGACGAAAACAUCACCCCGUACACGCUCCCACGGGACUGGCAUGAGACGAGUGAGAAGCAACCUCCUGGACAGAGUCAGGAUCAUUCCAGUCCCAGUGUCCCACCAAAGCUGGACAGAGCUGCAAUGACCAAUGUUAUUCAACAACCAGUUUGUGCCGAGGACAGAGCCGAGACCUCCGUGUCUCAAGUUGCUGAAGGAACCACUUCGGCAGCCCUCAAGGGCGCUCUCCUGGUCACGCCUAAAAGCAUGAACUCCUUUGCGGCAGCCUCGAUCGCGGAAUUUGCGAGAAAACCUGCUGAGGAUAGUAAAGCUUCACAGAUGAUGGGUCGGGAUACCGGUAAUGCACCGCCAGCCGGUUCCACUCGACGGCGCCAACGGCAGCGUGUUGACUACAAUGCGGACGAGUCGGGAGAUGAAGAUAACGAUUCUGUUCUCCGAAGAAAGACGAGAUCGGAGGCGGUUCCACCUUCUAAUCGAGUGCUUCGUUCUAGGAAUCUCAGGAGUUCUGCCAAGUGA